AUGAUUUCUUAUUGGUUUACUAUCCUAUUCCCGUUAUCAGUAUUCGGACAAUGGGGUACCCCACCACCAGUUGUCACCAAUGAGCAAUGUCAGGCGGAGUUUGAUAAGAUUGUGGGAUGUUUUAGGCCCCCUGUUCAAUUCAGCCAAAUCGACGAUAUCCCAUUUCUCGAUCAAGCCAAAGAUCAAGAAUUCGUUCGAGAGAUCACUCAUGUCCUCGACUGUUCUGGAUUUUUGAACUGCAACAGCUCCAGAAUCCUCCAAUCUUAUCUCUUCAAUCAACGAUGGAUUACUGAUCAUUACUAUGAGAAACUGUCGCAUUGUUUGACACCAGAAGGAUUUUAUAAAAUUCAAUCAGUAUGCAAUAAAGUGAGCGACAGGGAUUGUAAUGGACUAAUUUCAAAUUUGAAAUGUCUUUCCACAAAUCUGAAGCAACAACCAAACUGUGAGCCGAAGGAUGUUCAGCCUUUUAGACGUUGGAUCUUUGCAUAUCGGGCUAAAUGUUUGAUGGAACAUCAAUUUGUAUUGGAAAUCAAAAAUUAUGAAAUUAACGCUGGCUGA